GGUUCGAAUCUGCAGGCCUAAUAGUUUUAUUUUAUAGACACAACUAUAAUUUGACAAACGACGACGUACCAGAGCGGUCACUGUGAUUGAAUCGUAGACGACGGCGGCGAUGACGACGACACAGGAGCUUGCGAUGGAAGGGGAGAAGCAUUUAGAGGAGACUAUCGAAGCGGCUUUUCAGAUCAUUUCCGCCAUGAAUGAUGAGCUCUGCAAUCCUUCUCUAUGGUCUACAUCAGCCACCGCGAGUUCCACGACUGGCUCCAACGGAUCAGCUCUCGUUUCCGCCGAUGCGGCUGGGAUCGAUGGAGCACCGCAUCAUUCGGAAUCUGGUGGUGGUGGAGGCGGAGGAGGAAGUGGAAACAGUGCUCUGGAUGAAGCUAGUCUUCGCUAUAAGAACUCAGUGACUUCUCUUCGUGCUGUUAUUGCUGCGAUUCCCAAUUCUCAGAAGGCAAAAGUAUCUGAAGCGGAAAAUGGUUUAGGAACUCCUGAAGAAGAAGACGAAAUCGAAAAGCUGGAGGAGAAAGCCUUGAGUCUCAGGAAGGAGAUUGCAGAGAAGAAUGUUCAUGUCAAAGAGCUUAUCGACAAAUUUCGACAACUUAUAGCAGAUAUCUCCACAUGGCAAAGCCCUUGUUCUGUUUGAGUUUUCCUUUUGACAUUGUUGUGAUCAGUUUGGACAAGAUUCUAAGCCUUUGUUCUUGAUGUAUUAGUUUUUUAGGUAUUUUUGCUCUUUUGAUUUAAUGAAAGAAAGCAGAAAAUCUUAAAGAUUACGUUAGUAUAUAAUAUGUUUCAGAAUUCAGACAAAACCUUCAAAACCUCUGUAUGUUUUCUGUUGCAUGACACUCUUUCUUGUUUGUAUCGAUAUGUAAGAGAAUAUAAUUGUCUUUUUUUGGAGUCA